AGGUUUUCCUAAAUCCUCCGUCUUAUGGAUCUGAUCUCUGCCUGUGAUGAAGGGGUGAUGACUCCCGUAGGACUGGACACCACGGCGGCGGCGGAGCUGCUCUCCGUGUCCCCGAAUGCCACGGCGGCGCAUACGCCCGGCAUCUCCAUGGCAACCAGCACCCUGAUCCUGCUGGUGUGCCUGCUGCUGGUCGCCUGGAGCCACAUGGACAAGGAGGUCGUCCCAGGUCCUUCCUUCUGCCUCGGCUUGGGGCCACUUCUGUCAUAUUUGAGAUUCCUGUGGUCUGGAAUAGGAACAGCAAGCAACUACUACAACAACAAGUAUGGAGAUAUCGUCAGAGUCUGGAUCAAUGGAGAGAAAACUUUGAUACUAAGCAGGUUGGCUGCAUUUGUCAGUGUUAAAGUUACUUAACAAGCAAUAAAAUUUGAAAAAGCAUAAAUUUUCUGUGUCAUCUUCAAUAUUGCAAGAGCAUCAGCCGUGCACCACGUCCUGAAGCACGCACAGUACACCUCACGUUUCGGGAGCAAGCUGGGACUCCGCUGCCUCGGCAUGCAUGAGAGAGGCAUCAUUUUCAACAACAGCGUAACUCUGUGGAAGAAGAUACGCACCUAUUUCACUAAAGCUCUGACAGGUCCAAACCUGCAGCAGACAGUGGAAGUUUGCACCUCGUCCACAAAGACUCACCUGGACAGCCUGGAGAGUCUGUCCCAGGUGGACGUGCUCAGCUUGCUACGCUGCACCGUGGUGGACAUCUCCAACAGACUCUUCCUGGAUGUGCCUGUUGAUGAGAAGGAGCUGCUGCUGAAGAUUCAGAAGUAUUUCGACACGUGGCAGACUGUGCUGAUCAAGCCGGACAUCUACUUCAAGAUUGGAUGGAUUCAACAAAAACACAAGGCAGCAGCGCAGGAGCUCCAAGAUGCCAUUGAACAGCUCGUGGAGCAGAAGAGGAGGGAUAUGGAGCAGGCAGACAAACUGGACAACAUCAACUUCGCGGCAGAGCUCAUAUUUGCUCAGAACCACGGAGAGCUAUCCGCUGACGACGUGAGGCAGUGUGUGUUGGAGAUGGUGAUCGCAGCCCCGGACACUCUGUCCAUCAGUCUCUUCUUUAUGCUGCUGCUCCUCAAGCAGAACCCACAUGUGGAGCUGCAGCUGCUGCAGGAGAUCGACACCGUCGUGGGGGAGCGGCAGCUGCAGAACGGAGACCUUCAGAAGCUGCAGGUCCUGGAGAGCUUCAUCAACGAGUGCCUGCGCUUCCACCCAGUGGUGGACUUCACCAUGCGCCGAGCGCUGGCCGACGACGUCAUCGACGGCUACAGGGUGCCGAGGGGCACCAACAUCAUCCUCAACACGGGCCGCAUGCACCGCACUGAGUUCUUCCUCCGCGCUGAUGAAUUUCGUCUGGAAAACUUUGAAAAAAAUGCCCCUCGCCGGUACUUCCAGCCGUUCGGCUCAGGACCUCGCGCCUGCGUGGGGAAGCACAUCGCCAUGCUGAUGAUGAAGUCCAUCCUGGUGACCCUGCUGUCCCGCUACUCCGUCUGCACCCAUAAAGCCUUGAGCCUGGACUCCCUGCCGCAGACCAACAACCUGUCCCAGCAGCCGGUGGAGCACCCGCAGGAGGCCCACCACCUCAACAUGAGCUUCUCGCCCAGACAGAGAGGAAGCUGGGAAACGGGGCAGGACUCCCGCGUUUAGCUCCACCUUCACUUAUUUCCACUUCGUUUAUACUGCCUCACCCUCUGUAUAAAGCCAAUGUUAAUUUAUGCACUGACAUGUUUCUGUUUAAAGUUGUUUGCAUGAUGUGAAAUGUAAGUUUGAACGUGCUUCUUGAUAUAUGAGUAAAUGUAAA